UUGGCAGCCCCUUGGGGACUUUGGGCGGUUGUCUGGAAGCCCUUGCAGUUGGUAGGGCCGGAGUGGCAAGCCCUGAGACAUGUGGCGGUGGCUUCCCUCGGCCAUCUGAGACUCACACCGUAACUGGAUUGCCAUGGGCCAGCCCUGGGCCUACUACGGAAAGGUUGCUGGGGUCUGCUUCGCGCUAGGCGCCGGCAUGGAGUAUUUCAUGAUCAAGACGGGAUUUUACGAAAAGGUCACGGAGAUCGAGGCGCAGCGGCUGGAGGAGACGCGGGAGGACCGGGAGCGCUUCCUUGCUGAGCUGCGGGCGGAGCUGGAGCGGCAGGCGGCGCAGAAGGGCGUCAAGCUCGCCCUGCCACCCACGCCGCACAGCAGCAGCAGCAGCAGCAGCAGCAGCAACAGUAGCAGCGGCGGCAUGUCACGACAAUAGCAGCAGCUCCUGUUUUUGUUUUGCUGUGCAUGCUUGUAUCGACUUGGACCUGAACAGACUGACUUCUUCGACUGGGCUGACUGCUUUCGCUCGCCCUUGCUCCUGAAACCGCGCAGCAUUUA